GGUUAAAUAUCAAGCCAGUUCGGUGUUGUAGCUAUUUAAGGCUUUAAAGGAAAGAUGUCUGGAUAUGACGGUUGUUUGUUCUCCUUUAUAGAGCUCUAGACAAGGAAGUGAAGGUAGUGUUUGAGAUUAGUGUGUGCUAUGUGUGUAUGUGGCAGGAAUGCCCUGUUAAGUUAAAAACUGACAAAUCAUUGUCUUAUAUUGUAUGAAUAUUUAGACAAUAAUUGGCAUACUGAAGAGUCUUAGCUGAUGUUCUAAUCCUUUUAACUCAAACAGCAAUUUCCCUUUCCUCUCUGUACCUGUGCAGAAACGACGCAAGAAGUCCGAAAUGUUUAGCAGAAAAAAAAUUCACGCCUCUCGAUACUGGCGGUGGAAGAUGGCUCAGCGGGAGCUUGAGCGGCAGCAGCGGGAACAGCAACGACAUCUCCAGCUGGGGGAACGGGAGCAACACGCAGCAAGCACAACAGGGGGGGACUCAAGGGGGGAAUGAUGACCCCAUUGCAAUAUCCAUGUUACCAGGCUACCAUCUUUUGUCCCAGAAGGAAAGAAAGUUGUGUGCCUCCUCAAAUAUCAAGCCAUCACAGUACAUUGCUUACAAAGCUGUUUUACUUAAGGACGAAGGCGACAAGCGUCAGGCAGGUGUUGGAUCAACUACACGAGGGGGUGUAUGCACUCCCCAAGGCCUAGACUCUCACUCUCAACGCAUGAUAACCACUUUCAUGACCCAAGCGGGCUGGAUCUCCUCGUUCACAUGACCACCCUUUAAUUUUGGGGUCUGAGCAGCUGGAUCUACAUCUACAGCACAAGAAUCUUUGGCAUGUAGAUCUUAAAGGCAUUAUUCUGCUGCAAUGACCCCAAAAUGAUAAAAAUACCAAGAUGACAUGUUAGGAAAAAAUAAAAGGAAUAAAGGUAAUCAUAUGAAAAGUGAUAGCUAAAAGAGAGGAAAAGUGUUAAAUAAAGAAACAAAGGAAAGAAAAUAGAAAAUAUUUGCAAUAUGUGAAAGUCAUGCAUCCCCCCCAUUUUUUGUUUUUGUUUUUUCUUUUUUUUUCAUAAGAAAUGAUACUAUUGGAUGCUUAGCUGGUUCACUUUUAUGCUGAUUACAUAUCGGAGUCUUUUAGGCAUUUUGUAUGAGAGCUUCAUAAUUAUUAAGAAAUUUUGAAUACCAGUCAGUAUUCCUUGGAAAUUUGUUAUAUAUAUGUGGAGCUUUCAUAUGGUGAAUGUUAAAUGGUGUUAAUCCAUGGAAAAUCAGUACAAUACUGAUUAGAAAAGCCUGCCUUCCCUAUGCUCCUUUUGAUUCAGUAAUGAAUUUUGGUAAAACUGAGUUGCAAUAUUUGCAUAAUGCUUGUACUGGUGAUGGUGAUAUUAUAUUUUA